CGUGCUGGUCGCGCGCCCGGCGUCCGUGGCCGCGGAUGGCCACGUGCCGGCCAUCCGCCACAUCCCCGGCGUCUACUAGGUCGGCAUCGACCCCUCUGCGAAACCCUAGCUCCCCCAAUCCCCUCGCUCGUCUCAAUCUCUCCUCCCCCGCUUGAGGCCGAACCACACAUCACCAUGGAUCCGUCGAUCCCGUGGCCACCAUGCUCCCCGGCGCUUGGGGGGAUGUCCGUGAACUUCACCGCCGCCGUCUCCUUCGUACGCUCGUCACCGCUGCGUCUUCCUCACCUGCGGCCGCCGCACUGCAUCGCCGUCGUCCCGCACUGCCUCCCCAACUCUCUCCGACCACGCCUGCAACAUCUCUACCCUGAGACUGCCGCUGAUGCCACUGUGUUCAACUACGUCGACGGCGACCCCUCCUUCUUGUCUGAGCAACCAGAUGACGGAGCCCAGGAGCCAGAUGACGCCAUUGAUGUCUACUACUACCCGGAGGAUGCCUACUACUACGUGAAGACCGCCGACGACUAGGAGUAGUUAGGAGGCUCCCAG